GGGGCGGGGCGGCGGCGCCGACGUGGCAGCCGCAGGGGCUUGCGCCUCCGGUGGCCAUCUUGGCGGCGCGGGUGCGCGGGGCGAGCUCUCGGCGGCAUCCACCUCGUCUUCUCGCAGCCGUAGUCUCACACCCCAGCCUCCCUAGCUUCCGCUUCACACUGCCAGGCAGUCACUUUCUCGGUCCCGCAGUUUACAGUCAUUGCACAAAAAUGAUGGAAGAGAGUGGAAUAGAGACAACACCACCUGGGACGCCUCCACCCAGUUCCACAGGGCUGGUUGCAGCUGCCGCACCGUCUCCCUCCCCAUCUCCGCUAGCUGCAACCAGUUCUUUCUCCUCUCCAAACGUGUCCUCUGUGCAGCCCCUGCCGCCACACGCCUUCUCCACCCCUCAGCCGUCCCUUCCUUCCGUGCGGCCCGCAGUCCCCUUGCCACCCUUCGUGCCUCCUUCUCCGGUGCCUUCAGUUCCUCCCCUUGGUACCUCUGUCCCGCCUCCUGUUUCUCCACCAACUGCUGCUGCCUUCAGUAGUCCUCCUUUAUCCCACUUCCCACCUUCGACAUCUGCCCCAAACGCUCCCUCACCCGCACCCUCUGCGGGUCCUCCCACAUCAGGAUUCUCAGUCGGGUCAGCCUACGACAUCACAAGGGGACACGCAGGAAGAGCUCCCCAGACACCCCUGAUGCCCUCGUUUUCUGCGCCUCCGGUGACAGGUAUUUUGCCAGCUCCCAUUACUCAGCAAGCUGGUUUAACAUCUCUGGCACAGGGAGCUGGAACCACAUCAGCCAUUACUUUUCCAGAGGAACAAGAAGAUCCCAGAAUUGGUAGAGGUCAGGAUGAAGCAUCUGCUGGUGGCCUCUGGGGUUUUAUUAAGGGUGUGGCUGGGAACCCUAUGGUGAAAUCUGUGCUUGAUAAAACGAAGCAUUCGGUAGAAAGCAUGAUUACAACGCUGGACCCUGGCAUGGCUCCGUAUAUCAAAUCUGGAGGUGAACUGGAUAUUGUAGUGACUUCAAAUAAAGAAGUAAAAGUUGCUGCCAUCCGAGAUGCCUUCCAGGAGGUCUUUGGCCUGGCUGUAGUUAUAGGGGAAGCUGGACAGUCCAAUAUUGCCCCGCAACCAGUGGGCUAUGCAGCUGGAUUAAAAGGCGCCCAGGAACGGAUAGAUAGUUUGCGUCGAACUGGAGUGAUCCAUGACAAACAGACUGCCGUGUCAGUAGAAAACUUCAUUGCAGAGUUGCUUCCUGACAAAUGGUUUGACAUUGGCUGUCUGAUAGUUGAAGACCCUGUGCAUGGCAUUCAUCUAGAAGCAUUUACACAAGCCACACCAGUACCCUUGGAAUUUGUACAACAGGCUCAAAGUCUGACUCCCCAAGACUACAGUCUGAGGUGGUCAGGCCUUUUGGUGACAGUGGGCGAAGUCCUGGAGAAGAGUUUACUAAAUGUCAGCCGGACUGAUUGGCACGUGACUUUCACGGGCAUGUCUCGUCGGCAGAUGAUCUACAGCGCAGCCAAAGCUAUAGCGGGCAUGUAUAAACAGCGCCUGCCCCCGAGGGCCAUGUGAGAGGACUGACCCGGGUACUGAGGCUGGCUCACCGGAGGUGCUGGUGGAGGAGAGAUGGGCCCUUCUUAAACCGGACAGCUUCAGUCAGUCUAACCAGCCUGAUGACUUUCUUGCAGGCUGCAGUUUUUCUUUCCUAGAAAGUAAUGGUGUCAUUCCAGUAGUUGAAAAGAAGCAGAUCCUUUUUAUGAUUAUAUAAUUACACGUACCAUAGUUCUCAAAAAAUUUAUAAAUAUUUUUAUAGGGUAAUUUAAUAUACCAAAUUUAUAAGGUGCAAAUUCAUGUGCUAAGAUAUUUAAUGUAAUGAUAUGGACUUGAUUAUUUUUUAAGGAAUCGUUGACUAAAGAACAUGUUUACUGAAUAUUGUUUAAAAACAUUGUUUCUUUUAACUCAUGAUUAAUAUCUUGCCUGUCAGUCUUCGAAGCGUUUUGUGUGUGCCCAUGAUCACAGGUCUGCCACUGGGCAGUCUAAGACACCUACUAGCAUGGGAUGGUGCACUCUUCUCUGCAUCUUUUUAACAUGGGCUAGAAUGAUGGAGUUGAUCAUUUUGUUUUUGGUCAUCUUGUUAUACACCAAGUCUGGAAAUUUCUUUUUUUUUUUCUUUUUAAGAAAGUUUUAGCAUUGCACAUUCACACUCUAUGAUGAACAUUGAGGUAAUUCUUUAUUCAUUGCUGUAUGACAGCUAAGUGGCAAACCAUUCAAAUAUAUUUAAAUCAGAAGCACAUGCAUUAUUUUUGUAUGGUAAAGGUCAUAUUCAGUGCUUUCAAGUAAACGGACAAUAGCCAUUAUUUCUGCUAUGAUGCAUUUUCCCAACCAAAAUAGAGAAAUUUUUGAGAGGGAAUUACUUUGUUGUUUAUAGGAUUGUAUGGGUCUUAAUUUAUAGUUACUUAGUUUGCCUUAAACAGUGCUUUUGUAAUUGUGUGCCGUUCUGCCUUUACUUUUUAUGGAAGUUUUCAAAGAAACUAUUUUAUAGUCAAUCUGGUUUAUUUAAUCCGUUUUGUUUGUAUUUAAUGAAAGCUUCUUUUUCUCCCAAAUAAUAUAUUUUAUCAUUUUUGGAUUUAUAUAAAUCAGAAAUAAAUAGUUCAUCAUACACUUCUGAACUCUUAAUAUGAAAGUUCAAAUAACUUUUUUAAGAUUGUUUCUUACAUCAAUGUAAUUUAAUUUUUAUUUACUCUUCUGUACAACUCUUCAAUUGUAUAGCACAUAGCACAAUCUUAGAAAAAAUUUGAAGGUGUUGCAGCUCUUUUCUUAUACUGUCAUUACAUGUCAUGUUUGCUUGGUAUUUAAAUAUUAUUUCAAGAACUUAUUUCAUUUCUGCUAUUUUUUUUAACCCGAGAGUGAGGAGAUUGUGUUAAUUGUGCAUCUGUGUUAUGUGUUAAUUUCUAAGCACUGUAUAAUGAUUGUUUAGUGCAGUUCAGACUUCUGUGUCAUCAAAGGUAGUGGGAGAGAGAAGAGAGAUGUGGCCAGUUGCUAUAGCAUAAUAGGGACUGAAUACUUAUUUUUCUUCUUCAUUGGUAUUUAUGCAACAGUUCAUCUGUGUUUUCUCCAUCUUUCAUGAAUAAGAGAAGCCUGCCUUUCUCUACAUUUGUUUCUAUCCUUUAUUUUAAAAAGCUACCAUUUUCUGACAGUAUUUUAUCAUGGCAUUGGCCUGGUGCCACAUCACUGUUAGGAAUGAAGGAAUGUAUGCCCAUACUUAGUAUUUCUGCUCUUUUCCCUCCUACCAUAGGGAGAUUUUACUCAUCUUAAAAAAAUCAGUUUUAAUUUUUUUGCUUUACCAAGUCUCAAAUACCCAGUGGAUGUUUUUGAGGGUUGUUUUUACAGAGUCAUACACAUCGAUAUCCCAUUAGAGGACGAUCUUCCUGGAAUCUCCAAAUAGCAAAGGCAGAGUUAUUCUGUGGCUUGAUUGCAGAUAACUUUCCUGCACUCCGUAAUUUGUUCUUUGCUGGUGGGUGAGGACCAGGGAAGGGCAGGUGGAAAAGAAAUACACAGUCUCCUUCUGGCCCCUUAUUCCUUUUUUGGCCCAGAAGUUAUCUUUGAGAGGUAUCAGUGCAUGACUAACUCCACCUGCUUGGCUUGAGAAAAGUAACUCAUCAUCUCUCACACACCACAGCAGCCGUUAGCCAGGCAGUCUCUUCCUGUUGGUAUUUUGGCACAAGAGGUGCUGGUUAUCAUUCUAAGGCCAUGGCUCCCUUCACCAGUCAUCCAGCUGCCCCUGUUCUUUUCCUGCUUGUUUUCUUCUAACUCCCACACUAGCAUUUUUUAGAGAGAGUUGAGGUGAGAGCUAUUUGCUUUUUUGUCCCUCAAGCUUCUUGGGACAAACCUAUCUUGAACUUGGUUCUUUGCCACUACCUUUUUGGUCGUGUUCGUGUUUUGUUUUGUUUUUUCUUUUUCUUUUGACGUGCUCCUAGAACUACUUAAUGAAUAUGCUAAGCCUGUACACUUUUUGUUUUGGGUAAGUAGUACGAAAGAGAACAGGAAAAAAAUGGAGGAAGAGUCAUUUACUAUCAGCCUCUGCUGACAGGAGGUACUCAGUCCAGUAUCAUCCUGUUAUUAAGCUCAUCAGGUAAGCCUGGGCCUCAGGCUUCUGGCUUGAGGCAAUACCAGUAAUUUUGUCUCCUAAGUCUCUUAUUUUUACUUUCCCAUUCUUUGUUCUUCUUUCUCUCAAGGAUUAAUGAGAUAGAAAAUCAAGAUGAAUGGAUAUAGACAAAAUGGUAGUGUGACAGUAAGUAUAAGUAGCUAUCGGGACAGAUCAAAAUGUGUUAUGUACAUCAAUUCGCAAUUAUGCAAAUUAGUAACAUACUCAGGGUCAACUAAAUUAGUUUAGGAUGUUGCUGAAUUUUACAUUGUUACUUGGCUAGAAGAAAUUCUGAACAGGAAUUUGUGUUCUGUGAAAGCAAAUUGGUAAUAUUCUAUGUUCUGAAAGAUGUUGGGUUAUGCUUAAGUUAAGAAACCUGGAUUUUUACUCGUAGCAUAUGUUAUUCUUUUUUAAAAUACUAUGCAGGAUGAUGUAUUGGAUAAAACCAGUUUUGUAUGUAUGUAAAUAUUUCAUGAAUAAAUAAUACCUUAUUUCCCAAAA